AUGCGAGAUGGCUCAGGUGCUGACGAGGCCAGGAGACGGAGCGAGGAGCGUCGGAGGGCCGAAAAACGUUUUCAGGCCGAGCGAGGCCUGGCGGCCCCCAGGGCCUCCAGCAACCGUGGCCGCUGGACCGCCACACAGGGCUCCAUGUCCUCCAUCUACGGUACGCCCGCGGCCGCCUCCGCCGGGCACCGUGCGGCCAGCACCCCCUUCAAGGAGCCGGCUCAGGAACUGCAUGCAGACAUAGCACGUAUGUUCACUUGCACAUGCACUCUCACUUUCACAAGGUCUCACAAGCAGGUCGAGGACCAUCGUUUCAAAGACCCGGGGGGCCUCAAAUCGGCAAGCUGGCACGGCCACCAUGAAGUGGUGUGCCCGCCGGAUAGCUUUGACGCUCAGAACCUCAGCGAAGAGGAGCGCCUGGAAAGGCAGCUGCAGCUAGAGGCGGAGUGCAACGGUGUGGAGUCUGGCGGCUAUGUGGCUGCAGAGGCUCUCAAUGAGCAUCCCAGUGCUCUUCCAGGCUUUGAUCGCAGGCUCUGGUCCGCAGACCCCUUCUAUGCUUGGAGAACUCAGGAGUUGCAGGAAGAGUCUGUAGCGUCCAUGCCCAUGAAACAAACCAUGGGGCCGGCGCCUCACAUCCAGCGGGAUGAUUGCCGGCCGCCUGGUCGCCACCAGGAGUCGGCAGAGCCUUCACAGCCUAUGAUGGAACGGAAGGAGGUGGUCCAGGAGCCAGCCUCCUGGUUGCAUUGGUUCCAGGCCGGGGAGAAGCCAUCGCCUCCACCCCCAAAGCUUCAACCUCGGCCAUCGGCACCGCUGCCUAGCUCUGCCUCCAUGGCGCCACGCUGGGACAAGGAGAAGGUCGCCAUGCCCAUUCCUGCAGCCUCUGCCCCUGCCGCGACUCCGACACCGCUUCUGCCGGAGCCGUCGCCUGCGGAGCUGCGCGAACGUCUGGAACCCGAGCUCGUUGCCGCGGGCCUGUCCUGGGACGAGGUGGAUGAGCACCUCUGGUCUGAGCUGCGCUCUGUUGGAGAGCUUCGGCGAGCUGCGGCAUACCCCCACACCUUCCCUCGACGCUUGGCGGCUUUGUGCGCUCCUUUGGGACGUCGGAUGGCUGCUGCCGAGGCGCGAAGCUUCCUCGAGCCUGAGCUUCUGGGCAGAGGAGCCGUGAUAAUUCCAAGACUUCCGUCCGUGCGUCUCUGUGAGACUUCGAGCGCAGUUCCGUGA